AUGGGAUGUCUUGGGUUAGUGGACGACCGAUGUGUGGUUCAGCCAGAAGCUGGAGAUCUGGCCAACCCUCCAAAGAAAUUCAGAGAUUGCCUUUUCAAAGUAUGUCCCAUGAACCGGUAUUCAGCGCAGAAGCAAUACUGGAAAGCAAAGCAGUCAAAACAAGAGAACACAGAAGCCACUUUGCUGAAAAAGCUACAGCAUGCGGCAGAACUGGAACAGAAGCAAAAUGAGUCUGAGAACAGGAAACUGCUGGGAGAGGUAGUGAAAUACAGCAACGUCAUUCAGUUACUGCACAUAAAAAGCAACAAGUACCUGACAGUGAAUAAGCGACUCCCGGCUCUGCUUGAGAAGAAUGCGAUGAGAGUGUCUCUGGACGCAGCUGGCAAUGAGGGCUCGUGGUUCUACAUCCACCCUUUCUGGAAACUCCGGAGUGAAGGCGACAACGUGGUUGUGGGAGAUAAGGUGGUUUUGAAUCCUGUUAACGCUGGACAGCCAUUACAUGCCAGUAACCACGAGUUAUUAGACAAUCCUGGCUGCAAGGAGGUCAAUGCUGUGAAUUGCAACACGAGUUGGAAGAUAGCGCUGUUUAUGAAACACAGUGAUUACAGGGAUGACGUCCUUAAGGGGGGUGACGUAGUAAGACUUUUCCACGCUGAGCAAGAAAAAUUCCUAACCUGUGAUGAAUAUAAAAAACAACAGCAUAUUUUUCUGAGAACGACCUUACGUCAGUCAGCGACUUCAGCUACGAGUUCAAAAGCACUCUGGGAAAUAGAGGUGGUACAUCAUGACCCGUGUCGAGGUGGUGCCGGCCACUGGAACAGUCUCUUCAGGUUCAAACAUCUGGCUACAGGGAACUACUUGGCUGCGGAGAUGAACCCACAUUAUCGAGAUGAGCAUUUAGAAACAAAGAGAAUGACUGAAGGAGAUAUGCCACCAGCCAAAAACAAACGUCAACAGACCGAGAAGAUUGUGUUCACCCUGGUAUCAGUGCCACAUGGCAAUGACAUAGCAUCUCUGUUUGAACUCGACACAACUACUCUACAGAGAGCUGAUUCGUUAGUGCCGAGGAACUCCUAUGUUAGAUUAAGACAUCUUUGCACAAACACGUGGGUUACCAGCAGUAACAUUCCUAUAGAUGAAGAAGAGGAGAGGCCAGUUAUGUUGAAGAUUGGAACGUGUCAUUCCAAAGAGGAUAAGGAAGCCUUUGCCAUUGUGUCCGUCCCGCUUUCUGAAGUGCGAGACUUGGACUUUGCCAACGAUGCCAGUAAAGUGCUUUCAGCGGCAGUGUUAACAUUGGAAGACGGUACCAUCACACAGAACGAGAGGAGGUUUGUCACCAAACUGCUUGAGGACCUUGUGUUCUUUGUCGCUGAUGUCCCCAACAACGGCCAAGAGGUUCUGGAUGUAGUCAUUGCCAAACCAAAUCGAGAGAGACAAAAGUUGAUGAGAGAGCAAAAUAUUUUGAAGCAGAUCUUUGGGAUUUUGAAAGCUCCUUUCAAAGACAAAGAGGGAGAUGGUCCAAUGUUGAGACUGGAAGAUCUAGGAGAUCAGAGAUAUGCUCCCUAUAGAUACAUCCUGAGGCUAUGUUAUAGGGUUCUCCGGCAUUCACAACAGGACUAUAGGAAGAAUCAGGAAUACAUUGCCAAGAUGUUUGGCAUUAUGCAGUCGCAGAUUGGAUAUGAUGUACUGGCAGAAGACACCAUUACGGCUUUGUUACAUAACAAUAGGAAACUGCUGGAGAAACAUAUCACAGCCAAGGAAAUAGAGACAUUUGUAAAGCUACUGAGGAGGAACAGGGAGCCAAGGUUUCUGGAUUACUUAUCCGAUCUUUGUGUGUCGAAUAACAUUGCUAUCCCAAUUACUCAGGAAUUGAUCUGCAAAUUUAUGCUGAAUGCCACUAAUGCUGACAUUCUCCUUCAAACCAAAUUGUUGACAAACAAUGGAGACUUCAAUAUAGAAAAUUCCUUGACUCAGGAAGAUAUUGAUGAAGACGAGGUUUGGUUGUACUGGAUAGAUGGUCAGAAGGAACCUCACGGCAAGUCUAUCAGACACUUGGCUCAAGAAGCCAAGGAAGAAAACAAAGAUGCCAAAGAUAUACUCACGUAUUAUAGGUAUCAGUUAAACCUGUUUGCAAGGAUGUGCCUUGAUCGACAGUACCUGGCCAUCGAUCAGAUUUCCACCCAGCUGGGAGUGGACCUUAUCCUUCGCUGUAUGUCAGAUGAAAACCUCCCCUUUGAUCUGAGAGCUUCCUUCUGUCGGCUGAUGUUACACAUGCACGUGGACAGAGACCCGCAGGAAUCAGUCACCCCGGUCAAAUAUGCUCGUCUUUGGACAGAAAUCCCCACCAAGAUCACAAUACAUGAGUAUGACUUGCUGACUGACACCUCUCGCGAUGACAAAAAGAACAAGUUUGCUCUGACCGUGGAGUUUGUGGAGGAUUAUCUUAAGGAUGUGGUCACUCAACUCUUUCCUUUUGGAGAUAAGGAGAAAAACAAGCUGACAUUUGAGGUGGUGAAUUUGGCACGAAACCUGAUUUACUUUGGAUUUUACAGCUUCAGUGAGCUCCUAAGGUUAACCAGAACCCUGCUCGCAAUCCUGGAUUGCGUUCAGAAUCCCAUGUCUCCUUACGUGGAAAGAUUAAGUAAACUGCAUGAUGGAGGGAAUAACGUGAUGAGAACAAUUCACGGAGUGGGAGAGAUGAUGACACAAAUGGUCCUGAGCAGAGGCUCCCUGAUCCAAGAAUCUCUGCCGGAAAACCAGGAACGCCAGGCUGGCAGCGCUUCGGGAAAAUCCCUGCACGCCUUGGAGAACGAAGAUGUAACAGUUAUGGAUACCAAACUAAAGAUAAUAGAGAUAUUGCAGUUUAUCCUUAGCGUCCGGUUGGAUUAUCGGAUUUCCUAUAUGUUAUCAAUCUACAAGAAAGAAUUUGGUGACAACACUUCUGGGGAUUCUACUUCUAGUCCGAGUACAGACACACCAGUACCAGAUCUUGAGGCAAUUGGUGAGCAGGCAGAAACCAUGUUUGCUGGAAGCCAAGAAAGAAAUGCGGUGGAACUCGAUGAUGAAGGAGGAAGGACAUUUCUACGGGUUCUGAUACACCUGAUAAUGCACGAUUACCCUCCUCUGGUAUCUGGGGCCUUACAGCUGCUGUUCAAACACUUCAGUCAGAGAGCAGAGCUUCUUCAGGCUUUUAAACAGGUCCAGUUGCUAGUUUCCGCUCAAGACGUGGACAACUACAAACAGAUCAAAGUUGACCUGGAUCUCCUGCGAUUAACAGUAGAAAAGUCCGAGCUGUGGGUUGAGAAAAAAGGCAGCUAUGGGAGCAGCGACACACAAGCAGAAGGCGCAGAGGAGGUGAAGGGAGAGGAUCCAGGCAUUUUAAGUCCCGUGCAAGAUGGCAACAAGAAACCGCAAAUAGACAGCAACAGCAGCAACAACUACAAGAUUGUCAAUGAAAUUUUAAUUCGACUCAGUAAGCUCUGCAUCCAGAACAAAAAGAGCAGAAAUCAGCAGCAGCGUUUGCUGAAGAAUAUGGGCGCUCACACAGCCGUGCUGGACCUUUUACAAAUCCCUUAUGAAAAGACGGAUAUUAAAAUGAAUGAAAUCAUGGAAUUGGCCCAUGGGUUUGUGCAGAAUUUCUGUGCUGGAAACCCACAGAACCAAAUCCUUCUUCAUAAAAACCUCAACCUCUUCCUUACACCAGGCCUCCUGGAGGCAGAGACCUUGCGACAUAUCUUUAUGAACAAUUACCACCUCUGCAAUGAGAUCAGCUUGAGAGUGCUGCAGCACAUUGUACAUUGCAUAGAGACACAUGGUCGCCAUGUGCAGUACCUUAAAUUUUUACAGACAAUAGUGAAAGCAGACGGGAAGUAUGUCAAGAAAUGCCAAGAUAUGGUGAUGACAGAGCUGGCUAAUGGGGGAGAGGAUGUGCUGGUGUUCUACAAUGAUCGUGCGUCGUUCCCCGUCCUGUUACAAAUGAUGUCGUCAGAGCGAGACCGUUCCGAUGGAAGCAGUGCCCUGGCUUACCACAUGACUCUGGUGGAGCUGCUGGCAGCGUGUACGGAGGGGAAGAACGUUUACACUGAAAUUAAAUGCAACUCCCUCCUCCCCUUGGAUGACAUUGUGCGAGUGGUCACACACGAGGACUGCAUUCCUGAGGUGAAGACAGCCUACGUUAAUUUUGUUAACCAUUGUUAUGUGGACACGGAGGUUGAGAUGAAGGAGAUUUACACCAGUAACCAUAUCUGGAAGCUUUUUGAGAACUUUAUCGUUGACAUGGCCCGGGUGUGUAACACUACCACUGACAGGAAGCAUGCUGACAUUCCGUUGGAGAAAUAUGUGACAGACACGGUAAUGAGUAUUAUCAGUGGCUUCUUCAGUUCCCCGUUCUCAGACAACAGCACAAGUCUGCAGACACACCAGCCAAUAUUUAUUCAACUGUUACAAUCAGCAUUCAGAAUUUACAACUGUUCCUGGCCAACCCCAUCUCAGAAAUCCUCAAUCGAGUCUUGUAUAAAGACUUUGUCUGAUGUCGCUAAAAACCGAGCGAUCGCAAUCCCUGUGGAUUUGGACGGUCAGGUCACUACCCUGUUCAUGAAGAGCCACUCCAACAUGGUGCAGAGGGCAGCGAUAGGCUGGAGAAUGUCCGCGCGGAGUGGGCCUCGCUAUAAAGACGGCACAGGAGCACCAGCCUGGGAUUACAGGAACAUCAUCGAGAAGCUACAGGAUAUGGUAUCUACCCUCGAACAACAAUUUCAGCCAAUGGUCCAGGCUGAAUUCUCCUUGUUGGUUGACGUGCUGCACAGCCCAGAACUACUCUUUCCUGAAGGAAGUGAUGCCCGAUUUAGAUGUGGUGCCUUCAUGAGCAAGUUAAUAAACCAUUCCAAGAAACUGAUGGACAAAGAAGAAAAGCUGUGCAUUAAAAUUCUUCAAACUUUGAGAGAAAUGCUGGACAGAAAGGAUAGUUUUGGAGAAAAGGGCACUGUUUUGAGGAAGAUCCUUCUAAAUCGUUACUGCGGUAAUGUUCGCAGCGUGUACAAAGGAGAAGGGCACAGCAGUAACAUCAGUAGCUCAAUAACAAAUGCAAGUUUCACCAAGUCUUCACAACCCGGAGGUGCAUCUCCAUCUGAUUCAGACAAGUCUGGAAUCACCAUGUAUGAUAUUCAGUGUCACUUAGAGAGAGAGGGAGCGUCAGAAUUGGUGACUGAUCUUAUCACAAACACAAAAAAUAGCAGAAUAUUUGAAGAAAGCAUCUUGCUUGGCAUUGCGUUGUUAGAAGGAGGAAACACCCAAAUACAGAGUUCAUUUCACCAUCAACUGAAUGAUCUGAAAAAGUCGGAGAAAUUCUUCAAAGUUUUCUACGACCGCACAAAGGCAGCCCAGCAAGAGAUCCGAGCAACCGUGUCAGUGAAUACCAGUGAUCUGAGCAGCAAGAAGAAAGAUGAAGACUGUGAGGUUGUGACACCUGUUAGCAGGAGAAGAGUUAAGGAUUCACCACUUCACUUAAAAGAGGGAAUACAGGGCCAGUUAACAGAAGCUUCAGUUGCCACCUCCAAGGCUUACUACAUGUACAGAAGAGAGAUGGAUCCAGAGACAGACCUGGCAUCUGUGGGCAAUGAUGGGUUAGGAGCUGAGGAGAAAUCUGCAGAUGAUGACGUGAUGAGUCCCACCAUCGCUAUCAUGCAGCCGAUUCUCAGGUUUCUUCAGCUGUUGUGUGAGAAUCACAACAGAGAACUCCAGAAUUUCCUUCGCAAUCAAGGCAACAAAACGAAUUACAACUUGGUGUGUGAGACCCUGCAGUUUUUGGAUUGUAUUUGCGGCAGCACAACAGGUGGCCUUGGGCUCCUGGGUCUCUACAUCAAUGAAAAGAACGUACUACUGGUCAAGCAGACACUGGAGAGCUUGACUGAAUAUUGCCAGGGACCUUGUCAUGAAAACCAGACUUGCAUUACCACCCAUGAGUCUAAUGGAAUUGACAUUAUUAUCGCCCUCAUCCUCAACGAUAUCAACCCCCUCGGAAAGUAUCACAUUGACCUGGUGCUACAGCUAAAGAACAACGCUUCAAAGCUUUUGCUUGCUAUAAUGGAAAGCAGACAUGACAGUGAGAACGCAGAGAGAAUUCUGUAUAACAUGCGUCCAAAAGAACUGGUGGAUGUCAUAAAGAAUGCUUACCAUCAGGGAAUAGAGGCAGAUAAUGAUGAGAAUAUCUCCGAAGAUCAGCUCUCUCCAAUGGACGUUGGCCAUAAUAUUUAUAUUUUGGCUCAUCAGCUGUCACACCAAAACAAAGCUUUACAGCAGAUGCUUAAACCAGGAACUGAUCCACUGGAUGAAGGAGACGAAGCUUUAAGAUAUUACGCUGGACAUACUGCCCAGAUUGAGAUUGUGCGACAUGACCGAACUAUGGAGCAAAUUGUAUUCCCCGUUCCUAAUAUCUGUGAGUACCUCACAACCGAGUCCAAAUGGAAGGUGUUAAAUUCAACUGAACGAGACGAGCAAGGCAGCAAAGUCAACGACUUCUUCCAGCAAACCGAGGACCUAUACAACGAGAUGAAAUGGCAGAAGAAAAUCAGAAAUAACCCAGCGCUGUUUUGGUUCUCAAGAAACAUCUCUCUGUGGGGAAAUAUUUCGUUCAACCUCGCCGUGUUUGUAAAUUUAGCCGUAGCACUUUUCUAUCCAUUUGGAGAUGAAGGAACACUCCCUCCACUGUUUUCAUUGCUGCUAUGGAUAGCAGUUAUAGUGUGUGUGGCAAUGCUUAUCGUCUUACCCAAACCCCAUGGUAUCAGGCCGUUUAUUAUAUCUGUAAUGUUCCGGUCUAUAUACACAAUAGGACUUCGGCCGACACUCAUACUGCUGGGUGCCACCAAUCUGUGCAAUAAGAUAGUGUUCCUGGUCAGUUUUGUGGGAAACCGUGGAACAUUUACUCGUGGCUACAAAGCAAUGGUGAUGGAUGUGGAGUUCCUGUAUCACGUUGUCUAUGUCAUUGUGUGUACACUUGGUCUCUUUGUCCACGAGUUCUUCUACAGUUUCCUGCUCUUUGACUUGGUGUACAGGGAAGAGACUUUGCUCAAUGUUAUAAAGAGCGUAACACGAAAUGGCCGCUCCAUCAUUCUGACCGCAGUCCUGGCUCUUAUCCUUGUGUAUCUCUUCUCUAUUGUGGGAUUCCUGUACCUUCAAGAUGAUUUCAUCAUGGAAGUUGACCGAGUCCAAGAAAACCAAAUCCCGCAGUCAGGUCAAGAACGUGGUUAUGGCUCGAUUUUCAGCAGAAAGGAGGAUGUGUGUCAGGAGAACUGCUCGAAAUUGUCUGUCACAGAUCAAGAAACGACGAGUGAGAAGACGUGUCAGACUCUACUGAUGUGCAUUGUUACAGUGUUAAAUCAAGGCCUUCGCAAUGGAGGGGGAGUGGGUGACGUGCUGAGGAAACCUUCCAAAAGCGAGCCCUUGUUUGUUGCCCGGGUUAUAUACGAUCUUUUAUUUUUCUUCAUUGUCAUCAUCAUUGUGCUGAACCUCAUUUUCGGUGUUAUCAUCGACACGUUUGCUGAUUUGAGAAGCGAAAAGCAGAAAAAAGAGGAAGUCCUCAAGACGAGCUGUUUUAUCUGUGGACUUGAACGAGACAAGUUUGAUAAUAAGACGGUGUCGUUUGAGGAGCACAUCAAAUACGAACACAAUAUGUGGCACUACUUAUACUUCAUAGUUUUAGUCAAAGUUAAAGACGCAACUGAAUACACGGGACCUGAAAGCUACGUUGCACAAAUGAUCAAGGAAAAUAAUCUGGACUGGUUUCCGCGGAUGCGAGCUAUUUCCCUGGUUAGUAACGAGGGUGAUAAUGAGCAGAAUGAAAUAAGAAAUUUACAGGAGAGACUGGAAACCACAAUGAACCUGGUUGUACAGCUAUCGGGCCAGCUAUCGGAACUGAAAGAACAGAUGACUGAACAAAGGAAAAAUAAGCAGCGGCAGGGCUUUUUGGGAACAACUUCAUCUCAUGCGAAUCAUCAUAUGUCACCACAUUGAAGCCCGUGGGGGGACAAGAAUAUUCACAUUGUACUUCCACCCAAAAAAACAUCAUAUGGGGAAUGGUUCGGGGAGGGCGGGGGAGAAGCUAUACAUGCUUUUUCUUGUUGAGAUCCUUUUUUUGUGAAGGUAUUGCCAAAUGGACUGUUGAAAUGUUUAGUAUUUUUAAACUCUUUCCUGAGCCAACUGGACUGAAUAUUAAUGGGUGACAUGUUUGUUUACCUCUUGAUCAUCUCCAUAUUGCUUCGACAACUCUAUAUGUUAAGCUUAAAUCAGGGACCAGAAUAAUUUGAUUGAGUUGGAAAAAAGGGAUGAAUGGAUUUCCAAGCUACAAGUUCUGGAUUCCAGGAACGUAACCGCUGGGAAUUAACUGGACACAGGGAAUGAUUCAGAAAUGCCUGUUCCGCUAACUACAUGUUUGACUACUGGUAAAAAGGGACUUUUGCUCUUUUUAAAACUGCUUUUAAUGUAUUUAACUUGUGGUGGUUAACCUAUUUACUAAGGCACAAAACAGCAAAGAUAUUUUUAUAUUCCGAGCCGAUUUUAACUACAAGAGACAUUUUAAAAUAAUAGAUUUGUAUAGUAAUGAAAUGAGAGGAAUGACCAGAACAAAUUGCUGCAUUGAAGAGACAACAAAAGUUUGAUUUGUUUUUUUAAAAAAAAGUAAUAUUUAUAUAGGUCUGGUUGGAAACUGUUGUAUAAAUUGUGAUCUGAUAGGCGUUGGAAAUCUCCAGUUAACUCAUUACUAGGAAGCCUACUUUAAAUGGUAUUUCAAUGGCCUUUUAAAAAGGGUGUAGAUUUUAAUUCAUUAUGUUUCGAUGAUGAUGUAUAUUUGUACCCGUUCAACUAAUAAAACGCAUCAUUUUUUAGUGA